AUGGAUAUCUCGAAACCCAUCGCGUUCUGUGAACACCUACAGCUUUCUGCCAUCGGCAUCCAACCCGCCUCUAUCUCGUUCCAGACUCUUACGCUAGAGUCCGACCACUUCAUCUGCGUUCGGGAAAAGGUCAAUGAAGCCAACCAAGUCGUCAUCGUAGACCUUGCCGAUGCCAACAAUGUCCUCCGGAGACCAAUCACGGCCGACUCGGCCAUUAUGCACCCCCACCAGAAGAUUCUCGCUCUGAAGUCUGGCCGUACACUUCAGGUCUUCAAUAUGGAGACCAAGCAGAAGCUCAAGUCUCACGUCAAUGCCGAGGACAUCGUCUUCUGGAAGUGGAUAAACGACUCAACCCUUGGCAUGGUCACCGAGACGGCUGUCUACCACUGGACUAUUUCCGACACAACCUCCCCUCCUCAGAAGAUCUUCGAUCGUCAUCCUACACUUGUCGGCGCGCAGAUCAUCAACUAUCGCGCGACGUCGGACGAGAAGUGGCUAGUCUUGGUUGGCAUUUCCGGAAACACGACGAAUCCCUCCGCGUUCAAAGUCAAGGGCAACAUUCAGCUGUACAGUCGCGAGCGCGGAGUUAGCCAGCCGAUCGAGGGUCAUGCGGCGGCUUUUGCUGAGCUCAAGAUUGAUGGAUGCACGAAGCCCACGAAGCUAUUCACGUUCUGCGUCCGGACGGCCCAGGGUGCCAAGUUGCACAUCGUAGAGAUUGAUCACCAGGCUCCGGACCCGCCUUACGUGAAGAAGAACGUCGAUGUCUACUUCCCUCCUGAGGCAACAAACGACUUCCCCGUCGCUAUGCAGGUGUCGAAGAAGCACGGCAUUGUCUACCUCGUCACGAAGUACGGUUUCAUUCAUCUCUACGACCUCGAGUCUGGCGCAUGCAUCUAUAUGAACCGCAUCUCGGGCGAAACCAUUUUUGUCACCGCCGAGCACGAGGCUUCCAACGGUAUCAUCGGUGUCAACAAGAAGGGUCAGGUGUUGAGCGUCUCGGUCGACGAGCAGACCGUCAUUCCCUAUAUCCUCACGACGCUCAAUAAUACCGAGUUGGCGUUUAAGCUUGCAAGUCGCGCGAACCUGCCUGGUGCCGAUGACCUCUACAUCAAGCAGUACCAACAGCUCUUCCAGAGCGGCCAGUACGGUGAAGCGGCCAAGAUUGCUGCGAAUUCGCCUCGGGGCAUUCUGCGUACCGCGCAGGUCAUUGAGGCAUUCAAGGCGGCUCCGUCGCCCCCAGGCGGCCUCUCUCCUAUCUUGCAGUACUUUGGUAUCCUUCUCGAGAAGGGCGAGCUCAACGAGCUCGAGUCCCUCGAGCUCGCCCGCCCCGUUUUGCAGCAAGGCCGCAAGCAGCUAUUGGAGAAAUGGUUGAAGGAGAAUAAGCUCACAUGCAGCGAACAACUCGGUGACGUCGUCCGGCCGUUCGACAUGACCCUCGCGCUUUCGGUCUACCUCCGCGCCAAUGUUCCGAACAAGGUGAUUGCAUGCUUCGCCGAGACAGGCCAAACCGACAAGAUCGUGCUGUAUGCGAAGAAGACCGGUUAUACCCCCGAUUACGUUGGCCUUUUGCAGAGCAUCAUGCGCGUGAACCCUGAGAAGGGUGCGGAGUUCGCGACGCAACUGGUGAAGGACGAGGCCGGUCCUCUGGUCGAUGUAGAGCGUGUCGUCGACAUCUUCAUGUCACAGAACAUGAUACAACCGGCGACGUCCUUCCUCCUAGAGGCGCUCAAGGACAACAAGCCGGAGCAAGCUCACCUGCAGACCCGUCUUCUGGAGAUGAAUCUGCUUCACGCCCCUCAGGUGGCCGAUGCUAUCCUUGUCAACCAAAUAUUGACGCAUUUCGAUCGCCCGCGUGUUGCGAAUCUUUGCGAGAAGGCUGGCUUGCUGCAACGAGCGCUGGAGCUGUACGAGGAUAUCGCGGAUAUCAAGCGUGUCAUUGUCCAUGCGACAGUGUUCCCUACCGAUUGGCUCGUGGAUUACUUCAGUCGUCUCACCACGGAGCAGUCAUUCGCAUGUAUGCAAGAGAUGCUCAAGGUGAACAUACGUCAAAAUCUCCAGAUUGUGGUACAGAUCGCGACGAAGUACUCGGACAUCCUUGGACCUGUCAAGUUGAUCGAGCUGUUCGAGUCUUUCAAAACCUCCGAGGGUCUCUACUACUAUCUCGGCUCCAUCGUUAACCUAUCUACAGACCCGGAGGUGCACUUCAAGUACAUUCAGGCGGCGACUCGCACCGGCCAGAUCCGUGAAGUCGAGCGGAUCUGCAGGGAGAGUAACUACUAUAAUCCCGAGAAGGUCAAGAACUUCCUCAAGGAGGCCAAGCUCUCCGACCAGCUCCCUCUCAUCAUCGUCUGCGACCGCUUCGACUUCGUACACGAUCUUGUGCUCUACCUCUAUCAGCGCGGCCUCACCAACUUCAUUGAAGUUUACGUCACUCGCGUUAACUCUGUCCGUACGCCGCAAGUCAUCGGUGGUCUUCUCGAUGUCGACUGUGAUGAGACAACAAUCAAGAGUCUCUUGGCCUCCGUUCAAGGCAACUUCCCCAUCGACGAGCUGGUGCACGAGGUCGAGACUAGGAAUCGUCUCAAGCUUAUCCUCCCUUGGCUUGAGGCGCGGGUACAGGCUGGUAGUCAGGACCCUGCCGUCUAUAACGCGCUGGCGAAGAUCUACAUCGACUCAAAUAACAACCCUGAGCAGUUCCUCAAGGAGAACAAUCUGUACGAACCGCUCGUGGUCGGCAAGUUCUGUGAGGCUCGCGACCCGUAUUUGGCCUACAUCGCAUAUGCGAAGGGCUUCUGUGAUGACGAGCUUAUCCACAUCACGAACGAGAACGCCAUGUUCAAGCAGCAAGCGCGUUAUCUCGUCCGUCGCCGCCAGCCUGAUCUCUGGGCGCAGGUCCUCCGCGGUGACAACUUGCAUCGUCGUCAGCUCAUCGACCAGAUUGUUGCAACGGCGCUUCCCGAGAGCACUGACCCCGACGAUGUGUCCAUUACCGUCAAGGCCUUCUUGACCGCAGACCUACCGCUCGAGCUCAUCGAGCUGCUUGAGAAGAUCAUCAUCGAGCCCUCACCCUUCAGCGACAACCGUAACCUUCAGAACUUGCUCAUGCUCACGGCUAUUCGCGCGGACAAGGGCAAGGUCAUCGGCUACAUCGACAAGCUCCAGAAUUACGACACUGCAGAAAUCCCCAGGAUUGCCAUCGAACACGGCUUGUACGAGGAAGCGUUCCUCAUAUACAAGAAGUACGAGCAGCAUGCGGAGGCCAUCAAUGUCCUUGUGGAGCACAUCGUUUCCCUCGACCGUGGUGUGGAUUACGCAAACAAGGUUAAUCAACCUGCGGUGUGGAGCCGCCUCGCGAAGGCACAACUUGACGGUCUCCGUAUCAAGGAUGCCAUUGACUCGUAUAUCAAGGCUGAGGAUCCCUCUAACUACGUCGAGGUCAUCGAGAUCGCGAGUCGCGCUGGCAAGCACGACGAUCUCGUUCGUUUCCUUCAAAUGGCUCGGAAGUCGCUCCGUGAGCCGAAGAUCGACACAGAGCUCGCGUAUGCUUAUGCCAAGACCGACCGCCUGCACGAUAUGGAGGACUUCCUGGCAAUGACCAAUGUGGCCGACGUCCUUGAGGUCGGAGAGAAGUGUUUCGAGGACGAACUGUACCAAGCUGCCAAGAUCCUCUUUACGAGCAUCUCCAACUGGGCUCGUCUCGCCACCACGCUCAUCUACCUCGGCGAGAACCAAGGUGCCGUCGAGAGUGCGCGCAAGGCGGGCAACACCCAGGUCUGGAAGCAGGUUCACGCCGCUUGCAUCGAGAAGGGCGAAUUCCGUCUGGCGCAAAUCUGUGGUCUCAACAUCAUCGUACAUGCGGAGGAACUUCCGGCACUUGUGCAGUUGUAUGAGCGUCGUGGGCAUUUCGACGAAGUUCUGUCUCUGCUCGAGGCCGGCUUGAGUUUGGAGCGGGCACAUAUGGGUAUCUUCACCGAGCUUGCGAUUCUCUACAGCAAGUACAGACCCGAGAAGCUCAUGGAGCAUCUGAAGCUUUUCGUGUCGCGUAUCAACAUCCCCAAGGUCAUCAAGGCCGCAGAACGCGCACAUCUGUGGCCAGAGCUGGUCUUCUUGUACAUCAAGUACGACGAAUAUGACAAUGCUGCUCUUGCGAUGAUUGAGCGGUCUGCGGAUGCUUGGGAGCAUAAUCAAUUCAAGGACGUCAUUGUCCGGGUCGCCAACGUUGAGAUCUACUAUAAGGCCCUCACGUUCUACCUCCAAGAGCAGCCGACGCUUCUGACAGAUCUCCUGUCCGUCAUGAUUCCCCGCAUUGAUCAUUCUCGUGUCGUCCGCAUGUUCGAGCAGAUCGAUCAUAUCCCGCUCAUUCGGUCGUACUUGAUUGCUGUGCAACAUCUUAACCUCGAAGCUGUUAAUGACGCGUAUAACAAGAUGCUUAUCGAGGAGGAAGACUAUAAGACACUGCGCGACUCGAUCGACAGCUUCGACAAUUUCAACAGCACCAAGCUACUCCGGGAGCUUGAGAAGCACGAACUCCUCGAGUUCAGGAGACUGGCUGCUCAUCUCUACAAGAAAAAGGGCAAAUGGGAGGAGUCAAUCGCAUUGUCGAAACAGGACAAGCUAUACAAGGACGCCAUCAUCACGGCCGCGGCGUCAAACUCGUCCGAGAUCGCUGAGGACAUCCUUUCGUAUUUCGUCGACAUCGGCAACAAAGAGUGCUUCGCUGCUACACUUUUCUGCUGCUUUGACCUCCUACGUGCAGACGUCGUGGAAGAGCUGUCAUGGCAACACGGUCUCAACGACUUCUACAUGCCCUACAAAAUCCAGCGUACGCGGUCGAUAGUCGAGAAGCUCGCUGCUUUGGAGAAAGAGGUCAAGGAGCGGUCGAAGAAGGAGAGCCAGAAGGAGCAGGAGGAGGCUGAGCGACCCCUCAUCGAGCCCGGAUUCGGUGGCAGGCUGAUGUUGACGCAAGGGAAUGGCUACCCCGUGCAAGCACCACCUCCAGGUAUGCUGCCCAAUGGUACAGGCUUCGGGAUUCCUCCUACGAUGACGGGCUUCGGCGGGUUCUGA